AUGAAUUCUCUAAAUGAUGAGGAUCUUAGCACGGAUGAAGGUGAAAUCAGCGAUUUUGAUGAUGAUAGUGUCUGCAAUCCAAGCUAUGUUCUUUCAUCAGAAGAUGAAGCACAGAUUGAUGAAUAUAUGGGUGAAUUGGUUCGAGCACCAUCAGUAUUCAUGUCAUAUGCUAUUGAUACAUCGUUCAACAUGAUCAAAUUUAGUGAUGCCAAUGAAAUUAGUGCAUCUGCAGUGGAAUUACGGCGUUCCUCACCUAUAGCUAGCUGUUCGUUUAAUGUGACCGCUGAUGUAGGGGCAGAGAACGAACAUAUUGCACGACCUGAGAUUGAAGUUCGAAAAGAACUACGAAAGAUUCGACUAUCAAAGCGGCCCCGAUCUCCAUUACCAGAGCUAGAUGCUAUCGGGCUGGAAUCAACGCGAAUAAUGGUGGCUUCAUUGGUUCCAGUUAUUCUGAUUUGAAUCAUGGCAAUCCUGAAUUGAAAAAAAUUAUUUGGAAGAACAAAGAUAUGCAGCUUCAUAAAAAUCAAAUUGU